AUGUCGGCCGAUGUCGCACAACAUGCUCUUCGAGGCCGAGAGAUGAAAAACCUAGGUGGUAUCAAAGGGCAAGUAGCAUGCUAUGAGAUACCGCAAACGAAGGCACCGGCAUGUCUCGAAAUCCCUCAGGCAAUAGAAUAUGCCGUAAUAUUACAUCAUGCCGACGGAUUUCGUCAGUAUGAUAAUUCUGCUACCAUUGCACCCAUUUGCUGGGAGAAUUUUCGCCAUUACUUGCGGAGCGAACCCUGUCAUGAAACUGAAAUAGCACGGCUCUUCGAUACCCUAGAGAGGUUUUUCUCGUAUGCUGGGUAUGCUGACGCAUCUUGUCACGCAACUGGAAUAAAAGUGUUGCACGAUACCCUAAAAAGGUUUUUCUCGGCAUCGGCGAGCAUGCCACAAGAUGCUGACGCAUCCUGUCAUGAAACUCGAGUAGCAUGGCUGUUUGAUACCCUAGAAAGGUUCUUCUUGGCAUCGGGGAGCAUGCCUUGGAAAUUCCUCGCGAUUUUCAAGCAUUUGUCGGCAGCCCCUCACGAGAAAGGUUUGUCUCAGCAUCGGAGAGCAUGCCAGAGGAUGCUGUGGUAUGCUGAUGCAUCCUGUCACGCAAGUCGAAUAGCAUGGCUCCUCUAUACCCUAGAAUGGUUCUCCUCGGUAGCGGAGAGCAUGGCUGUUCGAUACCCUAGAAAAGUUCUUAUCGGCAUCGGGGAGCAUGUCAGAGGAUGCUGUGGGGCCCCUAAAGUCUUCGCCCAGUUAAAAGAUCAUUCUGCUGGAGGAAUGACUCAAGAAGUUUCAAAUAUACUAAAAAAUCUAGAUAUUCCCAUUGAAAAAUGUAAUGGGCAAGGCUACGAUGGAGCCAGUGUAAUGAGUGGAGCUUAUAAUGGAACAAUAGAGCUGAUGUCUGCGUGCGAACUACUUGAAACACAGUUCUGUCCAGAGAUGCAGCCAUGCACUGAUAUUAGCUACCCCAAUUUAAACCCUGAACUAGACGAUAUCUCAAUGAUUGUCAACUUGGACAAUGAAACAGAUCAACCUGACUGUCAGGAACUUCCUACCGUUGACAAUACAAAUACUGACAAAGAUAUAAUCAAUGAAACAGAACAAACUGACUACCACGAACUUCCUUUUGUUAUUGACAAAACCAAUACUAAUGAAGACGAACUUGACAAGGAUGAUGAAACCCGGCACUCUAAUAAUCAACACCCGGUUGUUACAAUUCCUAUAUCAGACCAACCAUUGAACUUUGGCCAAAAUCAGAUCGUAAUUAAAACGGUCCUGCACUCUCCCGCCAAGCCGAAAAUCAUAAUUUUAUUCGAGAGAAAACAGCGGCUAUUAGUGCAAAUUUCAAAGAACAACCUUGAAUCAGAUGUUGUAAAUUUUGUCAAGGAAUAUAUUGUACCCGAUGUCCCAUACUAUAUAUAUUUCGAAGAUCCUGACAUAUAUGAACCCUUCUCAGGCGCUUUACAAAAGUAUUUUAAAUGGCCCUCUAUCAAGUUUAAAAGGUGUCUUGAAAAACUUCUAGACAUCACUAGUAAUGAUGAAAUUAAAAGUUUAAUACAAAAUUAUCAUGAAGGGAAAUCAAAUCAUCGCGGGAUCGAUGAAACCUAUUCUCGCUUAAAACAAAAGUACUAUUGGCCAAAUUUGAAAAGUUCCGUUCAGUCAUACAUAAAUGACUGCGAAAUCUGUCAACAAGCCAAAUACGAGAGACACCCUGUUAAAGCGCAAAUGAAUAUCACUCCCACUGCUGUGAAGCCAUUUGAAAUAAUUCACAUGGACACAUACACAUUUGAAAAAUCUAAAUUUUUUACCAUUAUCGAUAGUUUUUCAAAGUACGCUCAAGCUUACCAUCUCAAUUCAAUGACAGGUACCGAAGUAGCUGACAACCUUAUCCGAUACUUUUCCCAUCAUGGAAUCCCGACACAAGUUAUUACUGACAAUGGCACCGAGUUUAAAAACUCAGUCAUAUCCGAGUUAUUAGGUCUACAUGGAAUCGAAAUACAUUUCUGUUCCCCGAACCAUCCCCAGUCAAAUGGCGUAGUCGAAAGAUUUCAUUCGACAAUAUCUGAGCAACUCCGAAUUUUAAACACUCAAGGCUUUCAAAAAACAUCUGUCCAAAUGAAAAUGAUAUACGCAAUCUUAGCAUACAACAACUCUGUUCAUUCUGUGACUAAAUUAAAACCCAUCGAUGUCAUAAAUGGUCAUCUCAGUGAAAAAGAUACAUUUGACAUCAGCCUAGACCAAAUUUUGUUGAAUGAUUAUGUAGAACAACACAAAGCACGCAGUAAGCUAUUAUAUACCAAAAUCAACGAGGCGCUUGUUCAAAAUAAAGAAAAAGUAAUUGAAAAGGCAAACAUAGCUCGAGAUAGUGCAAAAAUAUUUCAACCAGGUCAGAAAGCAUUCGUUAAGAAAAAUAUACGUCAGAAAAAUGCAAAUAAAUUCCAAAAAUCAUGUACACUAACAUCAGUCGAUCCUGGUAAAAAGACCGCUACUACUGAUAAACACAAUAAAGUACAUAUCGAUAAUUUGAAGCGUCCCCUUCGCAAACCAUAUUCAUUUAGCAACUAA